CAUGAUGCGUUUUGCUCCUACCGCCAAUCUAGUCGCCUUUGUACGUUCGUCUCCCGCAGUCCGAACUAGCAGAGCUACUGCCAUUCGGUUCUUGAGUGCCGCUCCCAGCGUCAAGCCUGUCAAUCCGGAGUUCUCCUCGGGUCCCUGCAAAAAGCGUCCGGGCUACGAUGUUGCCACUCUCGACAAACAGACUUUGGGCCGUUCGCACCGCUCCAAAAUCGGCAAGGAGCGUCUAGCGUUGGCCAUUGACGAAACCAAGCGUAUCCUUGGUGUACCCGACGACUAUCUCGUUGGUAUCGUCCCCGCCUCCGAUACCGGAGCCUACGAAAUGGCCAUGUGGAACAUGCUCGGCGCCCGCAAUAUCGACAUUUGCCAUUGGGAAUCCUUCGGCAAGGGAUGGUUCGCCGACGCCGUCAGUCAUUUGAAAUUGCGCGACAUCGUCGAAGUCACGGAACACACGGCUGAUUAUGGCGAACUCCCGGAUCUCACCAAGACCAACCCCGCCAACGACAUUUGCUUCACCUUCAACGGAACCACCUCGGGAGUCCGCGUCCGGGACGGUUGCGAUUUCAUCGCCGACGAUCGCACGGGUCUGACUUUGUGCGACGCUACCUCCGCAUGUUUCGCCAUGGAUAUGCCCUGGGACAAGCUCGACGUCACGACGUAUUCGUGGCAAAAGGUCUUGGGCGGUGAAGGUGCCCACGGGGUCCUCAUUCUCAGUCCCCGUGCGGUCAAACGACUCGAGUCCUACACACCGGAAAACCGUCCCUUGCCCAAGAUUUUCCGGCUCGCCAAAAAGGGCAAGCUCGAAGCGGGUAUUUUCAAAGGUGCCACUAUCAACACCCCCAGUAUGUUGGCCGUGGAAGACUACAUUGACGCCCUGCAGUGGGCCUCGUCCAUCGGGGGUGUUGAAGGAUUGAAGAAACUUAGUCUCGACAAUUUAGCCGUCCUCGAAAAGUUCGUUGCCGAAAACGAAUGGAUUGACUUUUUGGCCAAAGAUCCUUCUAUCCGUUCGUCAACUUCGGUAUGUUUGACACUGGACCUGACCCCGGAACAGAUCAAGGCAUUCGUCGCCAAACUGGAGAAGGAAGGCGUCGCCUUUGAUAUUGGUGGUUACCGCGACGCUCCUCCCUCCAUUCGGAUCUGGUGCGGAUCGACCAUUGAAAAGGCGGAUGUCGAAGCUCUCAUGCCCUGGCUCAAGUGGGCCUACGAGGAAGUAAAGUCGGCAUAGACGAAUCCUGUAGUAGUGAAACCGUAUGCGUUGCAUCGACACGUUAAUUGUUGGCCUUGAGACAUAGUGACUGUCUUCUACCCUUUCCACGCAGAACGUGCAGGCAAGUAGCAAAUGCAUAUAGCUUCUUGUCAAUGUAGUGAGUCGAGAGCGAUGCUGUUCACGAAAGAGUGUUCCGGUCCAUCUUUCAAGCCAAAAAGCCAGUCGACGAUCCUCUCAUUCGGAGAGGCCACACCAUGUCAACCGACGCUGAUCCACGGUUAUAUAGAGAACAUGAAAAUGCGAAACAGCAGAUGCUACAAUGAGGGCACAUAUCGAUGAAGUUCUAGCAGUGGCAUGCUUUUAUUAAAGUAUAUUCGCAAAUUGGUUGCUGACUCUCUUUUCGAAAUGUUUAGACAAG